AGUUGAUGUAAACAGACGCAGGCGUUUCGCCUUUACAGCACGAAGGCUGGGUUGUUGUUUUGAAAAUUGCACUGGAGAACCGAGGGGAUUUUUAUGAUGAUCAUCAUGCUCCUAGGUCCAUCUUUGCUCGCUCACUCUCUCGCCGGAUGCGAGACGCUAGUGGACAUGUUAUGCUUCUGACUGAAAAGAGGUUGAAUAAGAUGAGAAAGGAGGAGAUUUACUGAAAGAAAAAAAAAAAAAAAAGCACAACGUCGCAUUCAGCCGGGAAACUUUCUGAAUAUUUCUGGAAGAGGAUGCUUGCCGGGUUUGUGAACCGCGAGAUCGGUGGAUGUUUAUCAGGAGGGAGGUGUUAGCAGAAGACGCUCCCGGGCGCCGGGAGGAGUUUGCGCCGGCGGCGGCGGCCCCGCGGCCGCGGAGCUCUCGGAGAAAAUGAGUUUCGGGGUGAGCUGCUGAAUCAGAGGUGGACCUGCGGAGAGAAGAUCAGCAGCUGCGAGGGAGCCGCCAGCCUGCACGGCACACACAUCAAGAUGAGUUUAGAAAAUGACGAUAAGAGAGCACGCACGCGAUCCAAGUCUGUCAGAGUGCCCACGGAGCUCAUCGGCCAGGAGGUGAGCUGUCCAACCCCAGGCUGUAACGGCUCAGGACACAUCCGUGGGAAGUACGCGAGACACAGAAGUUUACAAAGCUGCCCUCUCGCAAAGAAGAGGAAACUUCAGGAUGCAGAGGCCGAACAUCUGGUGUCGAAGAGAAAAUCCCACCCUCUCAAACUGGCCUUGGAUGAAGGCUACAACGUCGACAGCGACGGCAGCGAGGAGGCCGAGGCGAAGGAGGAGUCUGGCUCCGAUGAGUCGGAGGGGAUGCUGGAGGAGGAUGAGGCGGAGACGAUGGAGCAGGAGGAGACCCGCAGCCCCGAGCAGGCAGAAGAGAGAAGCCCAGCAAAAUCAACCCAUUAUGGACAAAACACAGCAUCAAGUACAUCUGGGCCCAGCAAGGCCAACUACAGCAGCUACCAAGAAAUAAUUGCCAACUCCCUCCUAAACCUGGGACAAAUAGCAGAGGAAACCCUCGCCAUCGAGGGGCAGCUGCCCGAAGCAGAGCUGCAGGUCUCCAAGCCACCAUCUGACGUUGUGCAUUUGGUCCAUGAGGAUGCGGGAGAGGAGCUGGUGGAAGAGGAGUGCGACAAGGAGAUCAUCAUCCAGACAGAGGAUGCGGAGGAGGUCAUCGAGGUCACCAGUGAGCGCAGCAGCGAGUUGUGUCCAGAGCACCGGGAUGAUGCCACCUGCGAGGAGUCCUGUAAACUGGAGAAGGCUGAGGCAGAAGAAGAAGAUGAGGAGGAGGAGGAAGAAGAGGAUGAGGAGGAGGAAGAGGAGGAGGAGGAUGAUGAGGAGGAGGAAGAAGAGGAAGAAGAUGAGGAUGAAGAGGAGGAGGAGAUGGCUCCUGAAGUGAUCUGCGAAGAAGCUCCUCACACUUCUCAGGACACGCAGAAAAGCCACUGUGAAGGGCAGUUCAGCCCAAAGCCUGAGUACUCGGUCAUCGUGGAGGUCCGGUCGGACGAUGACAAGGACGACGACGCCCGGUCCCAGAAAUCAGCCGUGACCGACGAGUCAGAGAUGUACGACAUGAUGACAAGGGGGAACCUGGGGCUGCUGGAACAAGCCAUCGCGCUGAAAGCUGAGCAGGUGAAGAUCGUGCGGGAGCCCAGCCGGCUGCCAGGAGAACACGUAAAGCACUUCCAGGUGGAUGACAAACAGAGCAAACCGCUGGACAGCAUCCGAAAGAGCUACUACGGCAAAGAUCCUUCGAGACCCGAGAAGCGAGAAAUCAAGUGUCCGACUCCUGGCUGUGACGGGACCGGCCACGUCACGGGGCUUUACCCUCAUCACCGCAGCCUCUCCGGCUGCCCGCACAAAGACAGGAUCCCCCCCGAGAUCUUGGCGAUGCACGAGAACGUGUUGAAAUGCCCCACCCCAGGCUGCACAGGACAGGGUCACGUCAACAGCAACCGCAACACGCACAGGAGUUUAUCUGGGUGCCCCAUUGCUGCUGCUGAAAAAUUAGCCAAAUCACAUGAAAAGCAACAAACCCAGUCUGGUGAUCCUUCAAAGACCAGUUCCAACUCUGACCGAAUACUCAGGCCUAUGUGCUUUGUGAAGCAACUGGAGAUCCCUCAGUACGGAAGCUACCGGCCCAACAUGGUCCCAGCAACCCCACGGGCCAACCUGGCCAAGGAGCUGGAGAAGUACUCCAAGGUCACCUUCGAUUAUGCAAGUUUUGAUGCUCAGGUUUUUGGCAAACGCAUGCUUGCCCCAAAGAUUCAGACUAGCGAAACCUCACCUAAAGCCUUUAAAUCCAAACCUUUUCCAAAGGCCUCUUCCCCCAGCCACAGCCCCUCCAGCAGUUACGUGAAGAGCACUUCAUCUUCCUCCACAGGCUUCGACUACUCCCACGACGCUGAGGCUGCGCACAUGGCUGCCACUGCCAUCCUCAACCUCUCCACACGCUGCUGGGAGAUGCCCGAGAAUCUCAGCACCAAGCAACAAGAGGCCCCCGGCAAGUCCAUGGACAUUGAGGUGGAUGAAAAUGGGACUCUGGACUUGAGUAUGAACAAACACCGCAAACGGGAGAGCACCUUUCCCAGCAGCAGCAGCUGCAGCAGCAGUCCCAGCAUGAAGUCCCCAGAUGUGUCGCAGCGCCAAAACAGCACCAGUGCCACGAGCAGCACCAUGACCUCCCCCCAGUCCAGCCAGACCUCCCGCCAGGAUGAAUGGGAUGGGCCCAUUGACUACACUAAACCAAACCGUCAGCGAGAAGAGGAGCCAGAAGAGUCAGAACCUGCCGCUCACUCUUUUGCCUCCUCGGAAGCUGAUGAGCAAGAAGUGUCAGAGGAAAACUUUGAAGAGCGAAAAUACCCAGGGGAAGUUACUUUAACCAACUUCAAGCUGAAAUUCCUCUCCAAGGACAUCAAGAAAGAGCUGCUCACUUGCCCAACCCCAGGCUGUGAUGGCAGUGGACACAUAACGGGAAACUAUGCCUCUCACCGCAGCCUUUCUGGUUGUCCUCUUGCUGACAAGAGCCUCAGAAACCUCAUGGCUGCCCACUCUGCUGACCUCAAGUGCCCUACUCCUGGUUGUGAUGGCUCUGGUCACAUAACAGGAAAUUAUGCAUCGCAUAGAAGUCUGUCAGGCUGCCCUCGUGCCAAGAAAAGUGGGAUCAAGAUCACCCCGACAAAGGAUGAUAAAGAAGACCCAGAGCUGAUGAAGUGUCCUGUUCCUGGCUGUGUUGGGCUCGGGCACAUCAGCGGCAAAUACGCCUCUCACCGGAGUGCGUCAGGGUGCCCUCUCGCAGCCCGCAGGCAGAAGGAAGGAUCACUCAAUGGCUCCUCGUUUUCCUGGAAGUCAUUGAAGAAUGAAGGCCCAACCUGCCCUACCCCAGGCUGUGACGGUUCCGGCCAUGCCAACGGGAGCUUCCUCACUCACAGAAGUUUGUCAGGGUGUCCAAGAGCUACUUUUGCUGGGAAGAAAGGAAAACUCUCAGGGGAUGAAAUUCUCAACACAAAGUUCAAGACCAGCGACGUUCUGGAGAAUGAUGAAGAGAUCAAGCAGCUGAACAAGGAGAUCAGUGAGCUGAACGAGUCCAACUCGGAGAUGGAAGCGGCCAUGGUGAAACUACAGUCACAGAUCUCCACCAUGGAGAAGAACCUGAAGAACAUCGAGGAGGAAAACAAAAUAAUAGAGGAGCAAAACGAAGCCCUGUUCCUGGAGCUCUCAGGGUUGAGCCAGGCUCUAAUCCAAAGUCUUGCCAAUAUCCGCCUUCCGCACAUGGAGCCAAUUAGUGAGCAGAACUUCGAUGCAUAUGUGAACACGUUGACAGACAUGUACACCAACCAGGAAUGCUACCAGAACCCGGAGAACAAGGACCUGCUGGAGAGCAUCAAGCAAGCCGUCAAGGGCAUCCAGGUUUAGUGCCGCGGGACGGAGAUGAGCAAGCAAACAGACUGUAAGAUGGAACUUUCCCUCCAAGUAUUCAGGUUUACAAGUUAGAAAACUUGUUUAAUGAAUGAAAAAAAA